UCUCUGCCUCCCUUCUUCCUUCUCUCCCUACCCAUUCCGACACCGUCUCUGCGAGUUCGUUGCUCUUUCCUUCUCUCUCACUACCUUCAUUCAUUCUCUUGUGCGGGCUAGUUUACCACACAACCCUACUCUCGUUCUUUCAAGCCCAUCACGCUCUUUCUGUUUUUGAAAAACAACUUCCUUCCUUUGCUUCGAGAGCAGACGUCCAGAGCAGCGAUACACAUAAAACAACUUACGAACCCACGAAGAACAUCCAACCCUCUUGUACCUAGAUCCAGAAAUAACGUAGAAACACCAUACCAGCCAUAUUCAUCUAGCUACAUCUCAUAUAUUACGAUCUAGCUCCAACCUCUCAGCUUAAAAUCUACAAUGUUCGGGAUGUCCUUGAUCAAUCUUGCGGUUGCGGCUUUGGCUGCUUCUUCGCUGGCAGCUGCUUCGCCUCACAGACGACGACAUGGUGCUCUCCACAAGCGGGUUUCUGAAGCUCCCAAGGUUGCAACUUGCUACUCGACUGCCGCAACUGUGUGGGUUGAUCAGAAGGGCAACACUGUUGACCCGAGUGCUCCCCAUACCUUGACCGUUACGGUCUACGGCACUCGGCCACCCGUCACCAAGACCGCGGUGGUGUCGAAGACGGCUACCCCCGUGAUCGAUUCCCCUAGUGAAGAGACUUCGGUCUCGUCGAGUUCGACGGUAGUUUACCAGCCUCCGGCUGAGGCUACCACCUCGGCGGUCAAGACUACUCCAACAUCGGUGUACGUAUCCGUGCCGACCACUGCUUCCACUUCAAGCAUACCUGUACCGGUGCCGACGACAUCAUCAGAGGCACCGGAGCCUACCACUGUCUAUUCAUCUUCUUUGGCUGCCCCUGUGUCGUCCUCCUCCUCCUCGACCAAGCCGGCUGCUACCGGUACGCCGUACGUGUCGGGAACCUACCCGCCCGGAGGUGGCAGCAAGCCCGGAAUUGUCUACUCGCCAUACCAUGCCGAUAAUGCGUGCAAGACCACCGAAGAAGUCGCCGCCGACAUCGCCUUGAUCAAGGAGUACAGCCCCAUCCGUCUCUACGGUGUAGAUUGCAGCCAGAUUCAGAACGUGAUCGCCGCCGCGAAGACUCAUAACAUCAAGGUCAUGCCCGGUAUCUGGAACAUGGACAAGCCCCUCGAAGAGCUGGAGACCCUUAUCGAGUACGUCGACGGAAACUGGGAUACCGUCCACACCGUCGCCAUCGGCAAUGAGGUUGUCAACUUUGGAAGGAAGACUGCGAGCGAAUUCGCCGGCAUCAUCAACUCCAGCCGUGAGCGUCUCCGUAGCUCCGACGUCGGAUACACUGGUCCCGUCGUUGGUGUCGAUACCUUCGUCGCCAUAAUGGGCAACCCUGCUAUCUGCGAGGCGUCCGACUACGUCGCGGCCAACUGCCACUCGUUCUUUGAUGGAAACGUCGUCGCUGAGGGAACUGGGGAGUUCUUGAACAACAUGAAGACGGAGAUGGCCAAGGUCUGCGGCGAUAAGCAGAUUGUCAUCACUGAGACUGGUUGGCCCACUCAGGGUACCGCCAACAACAAGGCUAUUCCCAGCGUGGAGAACCAGGCUCUCGCCGUCAAGUCGAUUCUUGACACCCAGGGCUUGGACGUGAUUCUGUUCACCGCCUUCGACGAUGGCUGGAAGGAGGACACCGCCUUGACGUUUUCCACCGAGAAGCACUGGGGUAUCACGGACCUUUCUCUCAACUUUUAAAAAGUUACUUCCUCGGCGUUUUAAUACUUCGGGGUUGUAGCUUUUUUCCUCUGUAGAUGAAACGUUUGGUUGCGUGUUCAAGUUCGUUCUGUAGCUGUUUUACUGUCUAUAAAUACUUGCAACGAUUGUCGGGUUGCGGGUGGGGAAUCUGAAUAAGUCGAUAGAUGAUAAUUGCUAGUUUUAUUAUCUUUUUCUCUUUGGCUUCAACUGGCAUAAAUGAAAUACAUAUUGUCAAUAAACUGGAA